AUGGCGGCCGCCGGGUUUCCUUUCCACCCAGUUUGCACCUUCUUGGUCGCAAGGAGGGGGGGAUUGGACUUCAGGGCGCUUUCUCCUGGGCCUGACCUUUUUUCCUUUUUCUUUCCCCUUCCCUGCUCAUCCCUGCAGCUGGCGAAAGAUCUCCUGCAUCCCUCCCCCGAGGAGGAGAAGCGGAAACAUAAGAAGAAGCGCCUGGUCCAGAGUCCCAACUCUUACUUCAUGGAUGUGAAGUGCCCAGGUUGCUACAAAAUCACCACGGUCUUCAGUCAUGCCCAGACAGUGUUUCUCUGCGUCGGUUGCUCCACCGUGCUGUGUCAGCCCACUGGCGGAAAAGCAAGGUUGACAGAAGGAUGCUCCUUCAGGCGAAAGCAGCACUAAAUGAAGCGGAUUCCCGUCCGGGAUGGGUGGGGCUACUUGCGCAGUCCGACGCCGACGCCCCCAAGGGCGCAGACUUGAGCGGGACAGAAGUGGAACGGCGAGCGGGAACGGUGGUGGCUGUGGAGCGGGGCAGCUGUCGCUGCGCCUGCCGAAUAGGAGUGUGGUUUCCGAACUGUCCUUGUAGCCUCACCCAUUUUUGACCCAAUAAAUUUUGGAUAUAAAGACAA